AUGCGAGACACUACCGAUUCAGCUCCACCAGCGUGCAAUGCUACUACUUGUUGUGCCACGAUUUCUUGCAUUCCUUGUAAUGAUAAUGGUACUACUCGUUCUUGUUACGGUACUGCUGGUUAUUAUGGUGGUUUUAUGUAUGGCGUUUAUUCUGAUCCUAAUUGUCUUAGUAAUGAGGUUUAUUAUAAGUGUCCUUCUGAUGUGUGUUUAUGUCAAAAUGGUGGAACAUGUGACGGUUCUGGUGAUAUCUGCCAGUGUAAAAGUGGCUGGGUUGGCAAAACAUGUUCAGAUAUAGCACCGUGCAAUGCUGCUCGAUGUUGUGGCACGGAUACUUGUAUUUAUUGUGAUGAUAGUUUUACUUAUUGUGGUGGUUUUGAUGAUAAUGAUAUUGGUGAUGAUCCUCGUACUCGUUCUCGUUUUGGUCUUGCUGAGCUUGGUGUUCAUAAUCGUUAUUUUGGUGUUUUUAAUUGUCCUUAUGCGUGUUCUUUUGGUGCUGAUGCUCUUCGUCUUGAUCGUGUUCUCAAUGCUAGUGCUUGUUAG